UUCGGUCCUAAAGGUCAGACACGCUACCCCGCCCCCUUCCCUUCCCUUCCCUUCCCUUCCUCCGGCGCGGUCACGUGGCCUGCGACAGCACUAGUUUCGAUUACCGACGGCCGGUCACCGGAUCGGACGCCUCGCGCUGUUUACUUCUGAAGUUGAACGAAAAGGCAGGCGCGGAUAUCUCCAGGACCGCCUGCGCGCUGGAUUCGUGUUGUUUACUUUUGAUUUCCGCCGGCUGACAGCUACAAGUUUGGAGGUUUGUCCUGUUUCAAGUCUUAAUGAGAAGUGCAGAAGUAAAUACCAACAAACUCUGACCAACCUUCCUUCAUGACGCGUUGUGUUUACACUUGUGUUUACUCUGCACGCGGGAUGACUCACUGACGUCACUGACUCACCUGAAAUCACCUGAACUGAGCAGCUCAUAUUAAAGGUGUUUCAUAUUUAAAUAUACACUGGACUAAUACAUCAUGAUCGGAUCUCCAGACUUGCUGGCUUUCACGACCGAGACGGAUUUCCUGGAAGAAUCCACGGAAUCGCUUGGACUUCCAGCUGAACUGUCCGUUCCUCUGUAUCCAGACGCGGAAGAUGCGUCGCCGUGGUCGAAGACGUCAAGCGUUCGCUUCAGUCAGGAUUUUAUUCUUAUAUCGGAGUUCUCUGAGCAGGUGGGUCCCCAGCCGUUACUAACCGUUCCAGACCAAACCAAGGCGUGCGGCUCGUUCGAUCUGAACCACUUCGCGCUCAGGAUCAUGUCUGUGGACUAUCAGACCACCUUCGCAGGCUCUGCCGGUUGGGCACACCCUAAACUGAACUUCGUCGAAGACUCAAAAGUGGUGCUGGGGGAUUCUAGAGAAGGCGCCUACGCCUACGUGCACCACUUGACGCUGUACGACCUGGAGGCCCGGGGGUUUGUCCGGCCGUUCUGCAUGGCCUACGUGUCCUCCGAAGAGGAGAAGAUGAUGCGUUGUUUCCGGCAGCUAUCAGCCGAGUUCUCCAAGGCUUCGGAGUGCCUGAAGACUGGAAAUCGGAAGAACUUUGCCAACGAAGUGGACAAAAGACUUUCCGACUUGGAGUAUACUAGAUUAAUACUUCUGAGGGAGAUGAACAGAGACAGGCUGAGUAAAUUAAAAGUCGGCGAGAGGAACGGAAUGGGAACGAGGGAAAGGGAAAUGAAAGAUAAUGGGAACGGGGAAUCGCCGCUGACCACAAAAGAAGGGGAACUGAAAGAGAAACAGAGAUGUAGAUUUAUAGAAGUUGACCAAAACAACACCUUGCCAGGGUUUGAUAAAAGGGGAAACGACCCAGAAUGUGACUCGGAUAAUAUGAGCGAUCGAACUGACCAAAACAGAUCAGAAAAGGAUCAAGGGCAGCCCGAGGAAACAAAGGAAGGUCAAAGUGCAACGUGUCCGUCGAUCAUGUGGGCUAAUAAAGCGGAUGAGUUGGCUCAUGUGGAAAAAGCCAUUCAGGAACACAGAAGUCUUUUGAAACAGAUCACCUCCUAUCCGAACAGGAAGCUCAGAGACCCCGAGUUCCUGCCGUACGAACCAGACGAUGCUUUUCAUUCUCUGGAGUCUGACCUAGACCCCAACAUACUGUAUUCCCAGAGUCCAGAGUCACUGGAGGACUGCAGCGGCUGCUCACGUGCACCUUCGCACACGCCGCAGCUGGUGAGCUCGAGCACGUGUCGACAGUUUGACAAGCGUCUGAAGAACCUGGAUGAGCUGUGUGACGGGUACUUCCUGCAGCAGGCGCUGACCCAGCUCCGCUCCAUUGAGAGGAGUUUCCGUGGCGAUAACAGCUACCUCCUCUCGCAGCAGCGGACUCAAAACCUGCUCCGUCACCUAAAGUCCACUAAUUUCCUCUUUGAAGAGUCGUGUGACCCGGAAGCAGAGACGAGUCAGCGGCUAUCCAGACUACAACCCCGGUCAGCACGGCUUCUUCCCGUUUCCCCGCUACAGAGUGAACCUGUAAGCCUAGACUCGUACACAUCGUGUGUGGAAAUGGUACCAAUCAGGCUCGAGCUCCAUAGAAACGGACCUGACUCCGUUCCGACCUCGCCAUGUGACGACUUGCCUUCAGCACCAAACUUCUCAGACGAAGGCGACCGCAAGAACGAGGACGUUUCCGUGCCGAUGAAGGAUAGCGUGAGCAGCGGAGAGAGUAUCGAGGUGUUGGGAACGGAGAAGUCCUUUCAAACUCAAGGCCCUAUGGAUACCAUGGAAACGGUUCCGCAGAGACCGACGGCGUUCCCUGCAGCCACCUCUGAAGGACGAAAAAGGAGAGUGGUCACUCGACGGGAAAACAGCGAGGACAGCAUUGAGGUGCUUAGCACUACAGAGUCUAUCAUACCAGAAGAUCUGAGGGCCUCGUAUCCUUCUGCAAUCGAUGAGGAAACCCCAGAGCAUGAAGGAGAAGACAACGACUGCAUGCGCAGUGCUGAAGACUUUUCGGUUCAGUGCAAAGAAAAGCACCAGGAAUGCCAGAGCUCCCCUAGAACCCCUACUAUAGUCUUAAACCCAGAAGAUCCUCACAUGAGCUUGGACGUGUGUACGUUUGGUGGCGUUUCUCCUCUAAGUGAACCAGGCUCUCUCCAAGACAGGUCUUUCCUAUUUACACCAGAUGACUUCUCAGAUUGCACCAGCUACCAUAGCCUUAGCUCCACAGGAGCAGGCUCUACAAUAUCUCUCGACCUUCGCGGGGGGAAAAGUACAGCCGUACAGAGUCGGAUAAAGCGCGGCAGGUCGGGGCGGGCUGCUCUGCAUUUCCUGCGCCAGUUUCCGUUCGCCGUGCACGCCAUGUACAGCCUGUUGAGCGGCCGGACGUUGGUGGUGCUGGGCAGUGAGGAAAGAGCGGUUAGACGGUGGGUCACAGCACUGACCAUGUACACCCCUCAUCUAGGGAGCUGCAGAGGAAACAUCCAACCCUGGACAUCGAGCCCUUUGCACAUUACCGACCUGCUAACCUGGAAACUCGUCGGCUGUAACAGACUGGCUUUUCCUUCAUCUCCCAGCAUGCCACCUUGCCUAGUCCGCUUUAGCCGGUACCUCAGCGUACUGGACGUGGACCAGAAGACCUUACGCUGCCCGGCUUAUAAAGGUUCUCUGAUUUGUCCGUUGGUGGAGGCGAGGACUCACAGCAUGCGUGGAACCGCUUACUUCCUGUAUACGCAGAGUAUAAUCAGCCGGCUUGUGUCUAGAGCGUUCCUUCUCACGUUCUCUCACGGGCUCGGGCGUCCCAGCGUAGAGGUCAGGCCCGAGCGCUUCCACGACGACGAUCUGAAGAUCCUGCGCUACCUUUCGGAGCUCGUCACGCGACACGCGACGGGGACUCCGCCCACGGUCCUGCGAGUCAGCUACACCGCCAGCACGCUUUUCAAAACCUGACACUGAAACGGACUUGUACGGUUAUACUGCUGCUAACCUGCCGGUUCUCCAAGCGGGGUUCCGUUGGGUCUGUGAGUUUUGGUAUGCUUGUUAAGUAUAUUUAUUGAUUGAUUUUUUUUUUUUUUUUAGACUUGGACCUAAUGUAGCUUCAUCUCGGAAUAGUUGGUUCCUACGGGUUUGAGAACUCUGGAUUAGCAAUCAUCCGAUUGUCAAAGUGUUUACUGCUUUUAAGUUAUCCUUAACUAAUAAUAAUAAUAAUAAUAAUAAUAAUAAUAAUUAGGAGUGUCAGUGUUAUAUGCUUGGAUGAGAUUCUGCCCCACUUUCUCCAUCCACUGCGAUCUCGGUGUAAACUGCAGCGCACAACGAAACGGCCAAAAACUGUAAUUGGAGUAAUCCUAAAUCCUCAAAUCCACAUAUCCUUGUGAUUAUUUUAUUGAGUGCCAGAACAGAUGGGACACGUGAGUGUGGUGUGGGGAAAAACUUAUAUUACAGCACCAUUAAUGCACAUGAACAUGUUUUAUUCACUGAAUAAACAACAACAACAAUGCUCAGAGGAAAUUAAAUACUACUAACUCGGGGGGGCGUCUUUAUUAGGUGUAUCCCUGUUCCUUCAUCCAAAUCAGCCAAUCACGGAGCAGCAGAGCAAUGUGUAAAAUCACGCGGAUACACCUCAAGAGCUUCCAAUCAGUCAGGCGAAAGUUUUUCCCCCCAAUCGACUUUUGGUUCUCAUCGUAGCUGCAGAGUCUUGUUCUUGGCUACCGUUAAGUGGAACCUCUUGUGGUUCUUCUGCUGUUGUAGGCUUCGACAGCUUCUGCGCAGCACAGUUGUAAAGACCGGCUGUUUUUAAACCAUUUAAGCAUAGUUUCAAACUGAACCUGGACCUGCAGGACGUCCUGCCUUGUGCCGCCGCUACACGAUUGGUCGAUUGGAUACGAGCGGACAGCGUUACCGCUAAAGUGUCCGAGAUUGAUUUUUUUUAAAAAUCACCUUACGAUUAGAUAGUUGAACAUCUUCACCGUCGCAUGUUUAGAGAAAAUGACGCGACUGUGAAAUACAAGAGGACGUGUACGUAUCCGUGAAGAUCCGGAAGUCUGUCGAAGCGUUGUAGACUUUAAGAGCACUUCAGUGUGAAGGUGGAAAUAAACGGGAACGUGUGCCUCGUUUGUUUUUAA